AUGGGAAUACUUACUGACAUUGCCGACUACGAUGCCGAAGAAACGUUUGGGAAUGUACUACAUCAAGAAUGGCGCAAACUACGGACCCUAAGACAUUCGUCUAGCCACAUUCUGCGCCCACUUGCUAUCAAUAUGACUCUGAAAAGGUGUCUCCUUGGCUCAAAUUUUAAUCUUCCCAGAUUCUCUAUUGACGGUUGUCUCCCCGAAUUUUCACUUGAUCUUGCUGAUUCUGUUCUCAUCUCAUUGAUCGAACUUAUUGCACAUGUGCCUUUUCCAGAACCAACUCCAAACCUUACCAGACCCGAGUCACCUGAUGUAAUUCUUAAGUUUUAG